AUGGGAUCAAGAAGAUACGAUUCAAGAACCACAAUUUUUUCACCGGAAGGUCGUUUAUAUCAAGUUGAAUAUGCUUUAGAGUCCAUUUCUCAUGCAGGUACAGCAAUCGGUAUCAUGGCUAAAGAUGGUAUUGUAUUAGCUGCAGAGAGAAAAGUAACAAGUGCAUUAUUAGAACAAGAUACUUCGGUUGAAAAAUUAUAUAAAUUAAAUGAUAAAAUCACCGUGGCAGUGGCUGGUUUAACUGCAGAUGCAGAAAUUCUAAUAAAUACAGCAAGAAUUCAUGCACAGAAUUAUUUGAAGACAUAUAAUGAAGAUAUUCCAGUAGAAAUAUUGGUAAGAAGAUUAAGUGAUAUAAAACAAGGUUAUACUCAGCAUGGUGGUUUGAGACCUUUUGGUGUUUCCUUUAUUUAUGCCGGCUAUGACGAAAGAUAUGGAUACCAAUUGUACACUUCUAACCCAUCAGGGAAUUAUACCGGCUGGAAAGCCAUUAGUGUAGGUGCUAAUACAUCUGCUGCUCAAACACUAUUACAAAUGGAUUACAAGGACGAAAUAACACUAGAUGACGCAAUGGAAUUAGCUUUGAAAACUUUAUCGAAAGUAACGGAUUCAAGUACCCUUACUUAUGAUAGAUUAGAAUUUGCAACUAUUAAGAAAGGUAAAACUAAUGACAAAAUUUAUCAAAAAAUUUUCACACCUGAUGAAAUUAAGUCAUUGCUAGUUAAAACUGGUAUCUCUAAAAAGGAAAAUGAGGACGAAGAUACUGAAAUGAAACUAUGA